AUGGGCGCAAUCAAAAGGGUCGCAGUCAUUGGCGCGGGGCCUGCAGGGGCCGUGACCAUUGACGCUCUGGCUCAAGAGAAGGCUUUCGACGUCAUCCGUGUUUUCGAGCGCCGAGAGGCGGCGGGAGGUUGCUGGAUUGGUGACCAGACCCAGCCUCCUCACCUCUCCGAUUUCUCCUCCCUCGCCGAUCGCACCGCCGACAGGCCCAUCCGGGUCCCGGAUGUCCUUCCGGCGCAGACCCCGAAACAAGCGGCCCCGCGCUUCACCGAGUCCGGUAUCUACCCUUACCUCGAGACCAAUGUAGACAGCAUCCCCAUGUCUUUCACCGAUGGCCCGAUCCCGGAGGAGCGCACCGCGAACUCGAUCGCCCUUCACGGCCCCACAACGCCAUUCCGCCACUGGACCGUUAUUAGAGAUUACAUCCAAAACCUCGUCAACCGGAACGGGUACCAGGAUCUCGUGUCGUACAACACCACCGUUGAACAUGCCGAGAAGGUUGGCGAUGAAUGGAAGGUGACCCUUAGAAAGGAAGGCGAGGAGAAGGAUGAGUGGUGGGUAGAGUAUUUUGACGCAGUUGUCGUCGCGACAGGACACUACUGGGUUCCCUAUAUCCCCAAGAUCGAGGGUCUCGACGAGUUUGAAAAAGCUCGCCCUGGCAGUGUAAUACAUAGCAAGCUCUUCCGUGGAAAGGACCACUUCCGCGGCAAGCGCGUCGUCGUUGUCGGUGCUUCUGUUUCUGGGGCCGACAUCUCAGUCGACCUGGUUAAAACAGCACAGCUCCCGGUUUAUUCCGUGGUAAACGGCCGCAAAGCAAACCUCUACUUCGGCGAUGGUGCCUUCCACCAUCCCAGCAUCUCCCGCCAGGCUACAAUCUCCCGUAUUGAGGGCCGGACGGUACACUUUGUCGAUGGCAGGUCCGUUUCAGACGUCGACAAUAUCGUCUUCGCCACAGGCUUCACCUGGACUCUUCCCUUUCUGCCUUCGGUGGAGGUCCGUAAUAAUCGCGUAACGGGGCUCUACCAGCACGUCGUUUACCACCGCGACCCCACGCUGUUAUUCAUCGGUGCCGUCGCGGCGGGCCUGACGUUCAAGAUUUUCGAGUGGCAAGCCGUCCUUGCGGCGCGUGUGUUGUCCGGUCGAGCACGACUGCCGCCCUCAGAAGAGCAGGCAAAAUGGGAGGCCGAUCGCGUGGCGGAAAAGGGCGACAAUGCCAAAUUCUCACUUGUGCAUCCUCAUUUUGAAGAGUACUUUGAGACCCUUCGCACGUUGGCGGGCGACGCCGAGAACGGGGUCGGAAGGCGAUUACCGCCGUUCGAACCUUCGUGGUACCAGGUGUUCCUCGACGGGUUAGAGUUGAGAAAGAAGAUGUGGGAGAGGCUGAAUGCCGCGGCCGAGGAAGAACUGGCCAGAAAUCAGACACAAACGGACGUAUUGACCAAAGCAUUAGAUGCUGAAAAAGUUCCCAUCGUAACUGCGGUGGAAGCGGCAGCAGAAGUAGCAUAG